AUGAGUGGUUUGCUUGCUGCCUUGCUUUCAUACCUUUGGUAUGGCUUUAUGUGGGUUACUGGUGUAAUCAUUGCCGCCAUGAUCUUCUUCAAGAUUGUCUUUAUCCUUUACUGCAAAUACUUCCCCAAUGUAAAUCUCAAGAAGAGAUAUCAUACUGAAUGGGCUUUAGUCACUGGUGGCUCUUCGGGAAUUGGUGCUGCUUUGGUUGAAAAGCUGUUGAAGGACCAACAAAUGAACGUUGUUAUUGUUGCAUUGGAAGACAAGUUGUUAGUUGAUUUCACUAAACGAAUGCAAGAAACUUAUAAAGAUAGACAAGUUGUUGCUAUUGGUGUAGACUUGAGUAAUGACAAUCCAGAAACUGGAUACAUGAAGACAAUCAUUGAAAAGACAAAGGAUAUUGAUAUUGGUUGCGUUUUCUGUAAUGCUGGAUUCUUUAGAUUGGCAGGCUUUGAUAAGGUCAGAAUUGAAGAUCACAUGAAGCAAAUUGAAUGUAAUACUCUUUCAUAUGUCAAGAUUACACAUCACUUCUUCUGCAAGUUCAAGCAACAAAAGAACAAGAAGCUCAUCGCUAUGACAUGCAGCUCAGUUUCCUACUUCCCAGCUCCAUUCUCUGUCAUGUAUGGUGCCACUAAGUCAUUCUUGAAUAGUUUUGCAAGCUCAUUGGCUAUUGAGGGUCUUGCCAACAAUAUUGACAUUUUGGCUUUCAAUCCUCAAUAUACUCGUUCUAACUUGUAUGCCAAUUCUCCAAAGCUCAGUGUUUUAGAUUUCAUGGCUUUGAUUGGAUCUGACUGUGAUGAUGUUGCUCAAGAAAUGCUGAACAGUGUCGGUAAGGUCAAUUACAGAGAUCAAGGAUUGUACUCCAUCUUUAUGAAAAUUUUCGGUGGUAUUGUUUUUGACAUGAACUGGCUUUUCCCAAUGAUGGCUAUGGGUGUUUCUAUGGCUCCUGAAUUCAAGAAAUUGAACUAA